AUGACCUCUAAGUACCCACCGUCUGUCCGGGGCUGCCUACCCCUGUGGGCCUUAGCUCUACAGGCAGCUAGCAUUCUCAUCUUCUUCUUCUUUACCUUCUAUGACUCCUCAGUGGACCAGAAGAUGCUCUUGACGGUCUAUAAAGUCUUCCAGGAUGUCAUCAUCAUGGCGGCCCUUGGCUUCGGUUUCCUCACCUCGUCUUUGAGGAGACAUGGCUGGAGCAGUGUGGCCUUCAAUCUCUUCUUGUUGGCCCUCGGGGUGCAGUGGACAAUACUGCUGGAUGCCUUCCUGAAGUACCCCUAUACAAACGUAGUCAUCACAUUAUCCAGUAUUCAAGAGGCCACCAUGAGUGCCAUGUGCGUGCUGAUUUCAGCUGGCGCUGUCCUAGGGAAGGUCAACCUGGUGCAGCUGGUGGUGAUGGCGCUGAUGGAGGUGGCCUCCGUCGUGGCUGCGAAUAAGAUCUACAAGGACAUCUUUGAUGUGACCAAUCACAUUCGCAUAAUGCAUGUUCACGUAUUUGGGGCCUAUUUUGGGCUGAGUGUGGCCUGGUCCUUUCAUCUGCCCAACAAACCAGAGGAGAAAGAACAGAUUGCAACAAGUCCCAGUUUGUUCUCCAUGCUGGGCACCCUCUUCCUGUGGAUAUUCUGGCCAAGUUUCAACUCUGCUCUGCUGGAGGCUCCAGAUGAAAAGAAAAAUGCCGUGUUCAACACCUACUAUGCUCUUGCGGUCAGUGCAGUGACAGCCAUCUCGGUGUCAGCCUUGGCUCACCCCAAAGGAAAGCUCAACAUGAAUCAUAUCCACAACGCUGUGCUGGCAGGAGGCGUGGCUGUGGGUGCCCCAGGUCACCUGAUCCUUUUUCCUUCAGUGGCCAUGAUUCUUGGCCUUGUGGCUGGAUUGAUCUCCCUCGGAGGAGCCAAGUGCCUGCCGGUGUGUUUGAAUCGUGUGCUGAGAAUUCAUGACGCAGGCGGGGUACACUCUACCUUCGGCUUGCCAGGUCUGCUCGGAGGGGUCAUCUACAUUGUGUUGAUGAUGUUGGAGGUCUCUUGGAUCGGAAACAGCAUGAUCAACCACCAGCUGGUCAUGGACAUUGGAGCACUUAGCUUGGCUGUGGCUAUGGCGCUGACAUGUGGCCUCCUGACAGGUUUGCUUCUAAACUUCAACAUAUGGAAAGCACCCCAUAUGGAUAAAGAUUUUUUUGAUGAUCAAGCUUUCUGGGAGAGAAUUUUAGAACACUGGUUUAAAGCCAUGAGGCUCAAGGCUGAUGUUCCUGUAAGCUUACUUCAGAAGCUGUCCCGACUGUAUUCUGCUAAGCUGUUGACUUUCCCAACAUGGUUCUGUGUGUUCUGUGAGCUACUGCACCAUAUUUUGGACCAGGCAAAGCAGUAA